AUGGAUGAGACGUCGCUAGAUGAACGCUCUGCAACAUCACAGGAGAAUGCAACUACAGCGAUCACGAACGAGGAAGAAGCGGCGGAUGAUGCUCCGCUACUCUGUGGUUGGUUCAUGUUUCGACCGAACUCCUUCCAGAAGGUAAACACAAUCUCAUGGCUGGUGACAAUUAUGAGUUUAUUGUGUUUCGCACAAGGUAUGGUCGUCAGUGGUCUCAUACCGGUUGCUCUGACUUCCAUCGAAGAACGUUUUUUUCUCACCAGUACUCAGCUGGGUAUUAUAGUUGCUAUGUAUGAUUUCACUGUCAUGGUUGUCAUCCUUUUUGUUUCUUAUAUACUCGCUGAAAAAAACAAACCACGAUGGUUUGGAGUGUUUACGGUGGUAUUAGCGAUAGGUACAUGUAUGUGGACAUUGCCUCAUUUUCUAUCCCCACCUUAUGAUCCGACUGGCGCCGAGGAAGGAUAUUACCCGUUAUGCCGCCGUUCGAGCAACGUGACAGAAGAUUGUGAUGAUGAGUGGGAUUCUUUAUCAAAUUUUUUCUAUGUGUUUAUACUUGCUCAAAUAUGUAUCGGUAUUGGUGCAUCACCCAUUUAUACUGUUGGGUAUGCAUGGGUCGAUGAAAACACAACACACGCAAAAAGUGGGUGGUAUAUGGGAAUUUUGAAUACAAUGGCUGUGCUUGGGCCUGCUACUGGGUUCAUAGUCGGCGCCCUGACUCUAACAUUGUUUACAGAGCUUACAGUCGACACGGGGCUCGAUUCAUCUGACGAUGGCUGGAUAGGGGCUUGGUGGCUAGGAUUCGUUUUUGCGGCAAUAUUAAUAUUUAUAUUGGUUAUUCCAAUCAGUGCUUUUACCCCUGUACUACCAGGCACCAAAUAUAUCAAAGAUGAGCGAAGGUCCCAGGCACAUGCUGACGGGUCAGAUCUCGUGGCCCAACAGCAGGGAUUUGGUAGAACAUGGCGUGACUUUUGGCCGGCGUCUAAGUUAUUACUCAAGAAUUAUCCGUACAUGUGGAUCAACUGUGCUCGUACAACCAGUACUUUGGUUCUUUCUGGGUAUACUCCGUUCACACCAAAAUUUAUUCAGAACCAAUUUGGUCUCACGGCGGGCUCGGCAGGAUUGCUCGUUGGUGUCAUAUCGAUUCCUGGCGCUGCAGGUGGCACACUACUUGGUGGCUGGAUUGUGAAGAAAACCAACUAUGGUGUUAAAGGAAAUCUUAAACUCUGUAUUGCAAUCUCUAUUGCUACUAUCGUGCUGUCGUUGUCCUACUUUCUGAGAUGCCCAGAUCAACCAAUAGCUGGGGUGUUUAGAUCUUACGAUCCAACAAACACUACUCGGUUGAGUGAGGUACAACUGGAUCACCCGUGCAAUGCAGAUUGCAAUUGCUUCCGACGAGUGUAUGUACCUGUCUGUAGUGAGAUCAAUGGUCUGCAAUAUUUUGAUGGUUGUUAUGCUGGAUGUGAACUGACACCCGAUGCGUUGGUGAGUAGUAGGCGUAUACAAUGA